UGAACGUGUGAACGUGUGGAGCUGAGACACUCAAACAGUUUCAAGGAGGAAGAGAAGGAAACAUCCUGAAUAAUUUAGAAAAGAAGUUUCAGUGUGAAGCAGGAAAACCAGAGGACAGGUGGCGUCUGAAGACAGAUGGAGAAUCGACCUUUUAUUCAAUUGGACUGAAACUGAUUGUGACGUCUUCUUGGUUUGAAAGACAAUUUUUAUCUUCAAACAUUAGUUUGAAGAUAAAGACGAGACAACCUGUGUGCACAUUUUUUACUUUGUUUUUACAUUGAAAGAUUCAAAGGGUUUUUCAUUUUUUGUGAUCAUCUUGGAAGAAAAUGAAAAGAACGAGAGGAGACGUGUGAAAGUAAAGUUAAGGGACGACUUCUCUACAGGAAUUUAAAGAAUCAACAACAAACUGAACUUUUGAAACAUUUCAUGAUUUCAUGGUUUUCUUUCUAAACCUACAAGAUUCAAUCUGAAAUCUUUAGUCUGGAUUGAUCUGAAGAGUCCAAGAAGACGCACAACGACAACAAGUAGGACGAUUUGGAGAAGACGUCUCUGAGGUGUUUCAGUUCAAGAGGAGGAAAAUGUCUUGAGAAGCUGAAGGUCUUUGUUCAGACCUGAUCCAGGACCAGACCUGGACCCAGACUGGAUUCACCUCUGACCUCAGACGUUUCAAUCUUUACUUCAGAGAAGAAGAAACCAUUUCUGAUGUCCUGACGCCAGUCGUCUUCAUCUGUCAUUCGGACCCAUUCCUCUGUCCAACAGGAAAAUGGCGGCAGGUCAAGACGCAGACCACUGAGGAGAAAUCGAACCCACGCGGUUGACGGUACGCAGGCGUGAUGUUGGCGUGUUGCUCCCUGCUGCUCACCUGGGUGCUGGUCGCCACCAGAGUCCAAAGCCAAAGCUGGAGACCCUGCACAGACCUGCUGCCUCUCGACCUGCUGGCCAGAGCCCUGCCACGCCCAGGACAAGCCCCGCCCACACAGGUGCAGAUGGUUCAGUCCAAAGGGUCCAGAGGUCUCCGAUUGGCUGGUGCCACGCUGAGUUUUCCAGCCUCACAAAUCUUCACCAACUGUGACUACUUCCCUGCUGAAUUCUCAUUGGUCGCCACCAUCAAGAUCCCAAGACUGAGACAGAAGAGGAACGAGUACCUCUUCUCUGUGGUGGACGAGAGCUCUGAUUUGCUGUUGCUGGGGUUACGUGUCUCUGAGAACCGCCUCCACUUCAUGACCACAUCCUCUGGUGCUGGUGGGCGGGGCCGGCUGAGCUUUAAAAAUGUGGGGUUGGACGAUAACCGCUGGCACACCGUGGUGCUGGCCAUCACCGGACCGUACGCCACGCUGACUGUGGACUGCGGACUUCCUCUGGAGCUUAAACAGGUCCAGUCGUUUCCCGGUGCUCUGAGCACCAGAGGGUCCCGGUUCUUUGUCGGCAGCAGGAGACGGGGGAGGGGACGUUUCUCUGGUUUACUGCGUCAGCUGGUCCUACUUCCUGGCUCUGAUGCCACGGCCAGACUGUGUCCGACCUCUGACCCCAGUCUGGCCGAGCUGUCCGUCCCUCAGAUCCUCAAGUCCACCCCUCUCCAGCCAGACCAUCAGGGACCAGUUUACCCGUACGGGGUCGAGGCCACAGUGACUCUGGGAAAUCGUCCCGUGUGUUCGAGAGCAGAACAAGGUCAGCUGUGGUUCAACGCUCAGAGAAAAGGUCUGUUCAUUUGUGACGGACUCACCUGGAGGACACUGCUGCAGAAUCCGGAGCGUCUGGAUUACGUGGAGGAUUAUCAGGAUCUCUACACCAGCUCAGAAACCUUUGACGUUGAGCUCUUCUCCAUCCCAUCUGAAGGCCUGUUCAUGGCUGCAGCCAACAGGGACUCUCUGUCCGGGUCCAGCUUGUACAAAUGGAGAAACGGUUCGUUCCAGCUCUACCAGAACAUGAGCACUCAGGAGGCUCGAGCCUGGAAACACUUCACUGUGGACGACAAGAUUUUUCUGGUGGUGGCAAACUCCAGGGAGGUGGAGCCUGAGCUGUCCAUCAUCUAUCGCUGGAAUCAUCGGCGGCGGCGUUUCCUCCGCUAUCAGACUCUGGAGACUCACGGCGCUCUGGACUGGGAGGCGUUCAAAAUCCACAACCACAGCUACCUGGUCGUGGCCAAUCACAGACGAGCUAGAGACUCCAACCACAACAUCCAGAGUGUGAUCUACAGGUGGAACCCAGACACAAAGCUGUUUGAGGUAAACCAGACCCUGUCCACGUCCGGAGCGUACGACUGGGAGUUCUUCACCGUUGGACCGUACCACUUCCUGGUGGUCGCCAACACCUUCGACGGUCAGAGCACGACCAUCAGCUCCACGGUGUACGUGUGGUUGGACGGACGCUUCCAGACGUUCCAGAACAUCCCGACGGUGGGAGCCACUGAUUGGGAGACGUUUCAGAUCGAAGGCCGGUUCUUCCUCGCUGUCGCCAACAGUCAGAAGAUUUCUGACCGCGGCCCGAGUCCGUACAGCAUCAACUCCACCGUGUACGAGCUCAGUGCGCUGACGCAGACCUUCAUCCGCUUUCAGGACAUCCUCACACACAGUGCGGUCGACUGGGAGUUCUUCACCAUCGGAGAUGAGAAGUUCCUGGUGGUGGCCAACUCUUACGACGGCAACUCGCACUCUCUGAACAGCGUUGUCUACAGGUGGCAGGGGUACGAGGGAUUCGUUCCAGUCCACAGUCUGCCGACGUUCGGCUGCAGAGACUGGGAACACUUCAGCACUGACGAAGGCUCCUUCCUCAUCUACUCCAGCGCCACCACCAGGCUCAGCAAGGUCUUCAAACUGAAGACGUACUGAGUGAAUCCAUCUGCUCUGCUGGGAACACGUCAGACUCUGAGGAGCUUCAUUCAGUUUGACCUUUGACCCUGAAAACCAGCGGCUGGACUCGUCAUCACCUCUGAACUCUGAACGUUCUCAAACUGAAAAUCAACUUUUUAUUGAACCUUAUAAACGUUGGUUUUCUUCAGAGUCGACUCUUUAUCUACAACCUUAAAAAUCAUCAACAAUAUACUUGAUUUAUUUAUGUUGCACUUUUAUUGUAAAAACUUCAAGUCGUGUUAAGCUCUGCUGAUAAGAACAGCGCCCCCCAGUGGGCAAAGAAAGACAUUUCCAUGGGGAAAAAAACCUGAUGAAGGAUCAUGGAGAAUAUCUUUAAUCAUCGUCAACACUCAUGUCAUUAAAAUGUCUGAAUGUUUGGUUUGUGAUUAAAGUGAAG